AUGCCAAACUCACUCGUACCUCUCAGCUUCGGCGAAGCAACCCACAAGCGGCGGACAUACCGCGACCUCGAGAACCGGAGCACCGUCGCGGACAAGACCAUCAUCUCGCUCGCUGAAGCAGCCAUUGUCGACGUCCCAUCUGCAUUUAACAAUCAAGCAGCACGCUUGACCAUCCUCUUCGACAAUGACCACAAGAAGUUAUGGUCAAUCACAGCUAAUGCCCUCCUCGCCAAGAUCGGGGAAGAGAGGUGGAACAGCGGAACGAAAGAUAGAAUUGCAGGCUUCGCAGGCGCGUAUGGUACGAUCUUGUUCUGGGACGAUCUGGAAGUCGCGGAGAAGAUGCGAAACAGCGCUCCGGACAUCUAUAAGGACAAAACAGACGAAUGGAUACAUCAGAGUAAUGGGAUGCAUCAAUACUACCUGUGGACCGCACUGGAGGCUUUGGGUAUGGGAGCAAACCUGCAACAUUACAAUCCUCUGAUUGAUGAUGAAGUGCGCAAGACGUGGCGGGUUCCCGAGACGUGGAACUUGAGGGCGCAGAUGGUAUUUGGUGCGUUAAAGGCUGGAAGUGACCCUGGUGAGAAGGAGCAGAAGCUCAUCCCUUUUUAUUUGAGCAGCUAUCGACUUUCGUUCAAAGCAAACGCAGUUCUCUAUCUACCACAUAAACACAAGAAUCCUCCAUCAAUCACACACGUCCCAACAUUCACCCGCCACCCCUUCGCAACCCUUUCUACGCACCACACAAACAAAUACCUCGCCAUGUCUCUCCUCGCAAUCACAAAGGCCACCGUGCCUGCCAUAGCCACAGCCGCCGCACCUUUCGCCGCCGUUUACUACUGGCCCAAGGAACCUCAAGUCUUCCACUACAUCCCAAAAGGCGCCAGCACUCCUCUGCUCAGCCUGCCGCGGGCGAGCGUGCCCAUCAAGGCUUGA